GGACUUCCUGUUCUCGGGGGCACUUCCGGCUCGACGGGGGCGGCACUUCCGGCGCCCGCGCCCCCUCCCAACCAAGCAAACGAUGGCGAGGCGACUUGGGUCCAGGGGGUCGAGGAAGGCUCCCCCCGCCUCCGGAGCGAGCGACUCGGAGGAGGAGCUGCCCACGUUUACCUUUCUCAGGCAACCGCCGCCGCCUCGGGAAAAGAGCUCGGGGCUCCGGGGCGAUGAAGUGAAGAAGGUGGUGGCGGUCAGCAGCUCCGACUCGGACGACCCUCCUCCCCCGUUCAGGCCGAAAGCCGGCGCGGCUGGGCCGGCGGCUCCUCGGGACCCAGCGGGAGCCGCCCUCUCCGAAGAGCCGGUCUUAGUCCUCGGUAGCGGGAGCGAAGAGGAGGAGGUGGAGGAGGAAUCGAUCCCUCUGGCCGAGAGACUCGAGGGCAGAGGAGAGCCCGGGGCGGGCUCCGCGUGCCCGUCUCCGCCCAAGAGGGCCAAGCGCCGUCCGGACGGGGCAGGAAGGGCCAGGCUGAAGCGGCAGGAGGAAGCCGAGGAGCGGGAGCGGAGGAAGGCCCUGGCUCGGGCUCUCAAGGCCCAGCGGCCGGAGGAGUGUCUGAAACACAUCGCUGUGCUGCUAGAUCCAGCUCUUUUGCAGCUCGAGGGAGGCGGGCGGAUCCUCAGCGCUUUGCAGGCCACGGAAUGUGCCUGUGAGAUCGAGGCCCAGACCAUCCCCUGCAGCAUGGCCUGGAAGAGGAGAGCGGCGCUGGGCCAGGUCGCAGAGGGCGGCUGGACCGAGGAGCCCGGUGUCCUGGUCGUCCUGCCGGCCGAAGAAUUCGUGUCCUUGGUCCACGGCCCGGAGCAGGGGGGCCACAGAGAAGGGAAGGGCUCGCUCCGGAGCUUCGUGGCCGACGCCACGGCGAGGAUCCCGGGAAAAACCCUGUCGCUGGCGGUCGUGGGCGUGGAGAAGCUCUGCAGACGACCCGGCCCUCGGAGCCGCGCCCCGGCCCAGGCGAGGCGGAGGCCGCGAGUGGCCCGGGAAGACCCGUCUGGCCCUUCCCUGUCCCGCGUGGCCGUGGAAGAGGCCUUGGUGGAGCUGCAGCUCGAGGCGCACGCCCCGGUCCAGGUCCGCCUCCUCGAGAGCUGGCAGGAGCUGGCCGACUACGCCUGCAUGUUCACCAAGGCCGUGGCCGAAGCCCCCUACAAACACCUGAGGGACCGCACGGGUUUCUCCUUCUACCCGGAGGGCACCUGGGCCGGAGGCGUCAAGGUGGAGCGGGCCGGCACCGGGCUGGGCCAGGUCUGGAAGCGGCAGCUGCGGCAGUUCAACCGGGUCAGCCUGGACGUGGCCUCGGCCAUUGCCGCCGCCUACCCCUCCCCCCGGCUCCUGCUCCGGGCUUACGGCAACUGCGGCUCCCCCCGGGAACGCCAGCGGCUGCUGGCUGACAUCCAGGUGCGCCGAGGGGUGGGGGUCACGGCCACGGCGCGCCGCCUGGGCCCCGAGUUAUCCCGGCGCGUCUACCUCCAGAUGACCUCCCUGAACCCUGACCUCCCUCUGGACGGUCUGGAGUGACGGGCCGGCCGAGGAAGCGGGGACAGAAUGCACAGAGUCAAGGAUCUACUCACCGGUUUACUACAAGUCAUUUAAUAAGAGUCCGCGGACGGCGGGGGCGAGGUGGACCGUUGCGGCCCGGGGCCCGGGAAGGUCUCUGUAAACUCCCACCCGUCAGAGUGGGCCCGGCUUCCCGUGAUAAAACUUGGAUCUCGCU